AUGAAGUUCCUCAAGGUUGGCCGUGUUGCCAUCAUCACCCGUGGCAGGUAUGCCGGCAAGAAGGUGGUCAUCAUCCAGCCCCUCGACAACGGCAACAAGCCUCACCCCUUCGGCCACGCCGUCGUUGCUGGCAUCGAGCGCUACCCCGAGAAGAUCACCCGCCGCAUGUCCAAGGCCCGCCAGGAGAAGCGCUCGAAAAUCAAGCCCUUCAUCAAGGUCAUCAACUACAACCACUUGAUGCCCACCCGCUACACCCUCGAGCUCGAGGGCCUCAAGGGCACCAUCUCGGCCGACACCUUCAAGGAGGUCAGCCAGCGUGAGGAUGCCAAGAAGACCGUCAAGAAGGUGCUUGAGGAGCGUUACACUUCCGGGAAGAACAGGUGGUUCUUCACCCCUCUGCGCUUUUAA